AUGGAGGCCGCAUUCUAUCAUGCAUCAGUUCUGGUCGGCAACACUGCACGCCUCCGCUGCCGUAUCGACGGCAAGUCCUGCGGCGAGAUGCACAGCAUCAAAUGGUACAAGGCUGAAGCCAGGGUCUAUGUAUACUCCGCUUCUAAAGAUGCUGCCAUCAACAGACCUGAAGGCGAUAUGAUGGACAGAAUGUCAAUAUCUCACGAGCCCAAUGCUACGUUCGCUGAAUUAGUGAUCACUAAUGUGAAACCAGAUGAUGAAGGAGUAUACCGGUGUGAGAUCACCUACCUUCAAGUUGGGGAGGAUUGUAACACCGUGCAGGUCACCGACUUCCACACAUACAUUAAACCAAAAUCAGUGGAAGUGAGGACUGGCGAUGGGAAGGUCCUGGCAGACGGUGCUGUCUUCGGACCACUCUUGGAGAGGACAAGGAUCAACGUAAGCUGCGUUGUGAACGAGGGCAAACCACAGCCUAAAGUCGUGUGGUACUUCAACGGAAAGGAGAUGCUGGAUGCUCAAACUGAAACUCCUAACAAGUCAACAGUGCAACAUAUUCUACCCAUGAUUGUAACCCGUGCUGAGCUCCGUGGCGAGCUGAAGUGUGUCGUAUCCUCCGCAGCACUAGACGAGCCGAUUGUGAAACGGAUAGAACUGGACGUCAAAGUACCACCGAACAAGAUCUCAAUAACGGGCGUUGGGGAGCAUGCAACACAAGGUACAUUGCUGACACUGAUGUGCGCGGUAUCCGGAGCUAGACCAGCUGCCCGUAUCGAGUGGUACAACGGCACACAAAAGUUGAUAGCUGAAGAUAAUAACAUUCAGCAGAGAGAGACAGAAUUGAGUGACUCGACGUUCGAGACGACGUCCAACCUGACCUUCGAAGCGACUCGCUUCGAAAACGGACGCAAAUUCCGCUGUGAAGCCAUCAAUGAUGUGAUGAUAGAAACGAAGGAGCAUCCUAUACAUGCCACUAGAGAACUGGAAGUUUGGUAUCCGCCACUCGUCCACUUGGAGCCCAAAAACAUAACAGUGGUGGAGGGCGCAAAAAUACUCCUGAAGUGCGAGUACGAAAGCAACCCAUCUUCCCUCAACGAAGUUAUUUGGUACAGAAAUGGCAAGAGACUGAACGUGAACAGUUCCCACUAUCAAGGAGGGACUACGGAUCAGCACGCGCUCAUCAUCGUCAACGCCAAAGGAGAGGACAUGGGCAACUACACCUGCUUGCUCUCCAACACCGUGGGCAACGGGACGACCAAUGAAACCAUCGAUGUUAAUAUUCUUUACAAGCCGCAAGUCCGACUAAACAUGAGUGAACAAAGCCCCAUCCUGGAAACUGAUCACAAGAACGUCACUCUUACCUGCCAAGUGGUAUCGGGUAACCCGCCGAUCCUGGACGAGGUUAUAUGGUAUCUGGAUGGCGAGAUCUUGAAACAUUUGCCAGAAUGUAACGGUACCAAUGACAGCCUAUGCAACGACGUCGACCCGUCGAUGCUGCUUCUCCAAGAUACAACUAAAAGUUUCCAUGGCAACUAUUCGUGCAAAGGCAAGAACUAUGCGGGAUGGGGUAGCGAGAGUGAGAAGACGGAAUUAGUCGUCAACUAUCCGCCCGGGCCAGCCAAGCUCACAUACUCGCCGUGGCGAGUAAUAAAAGGACAGUCAUUAAUCUUAAGCUGCAGCGUGCAAGAGAAAGGGAGACCUGAAUCUAACCGAUUCCGCUGGCAUCGCGGCGGUCGCCUCGUCAGUGAUAUCGUGUCUGCGAACUGGACCAUCGACCCGGUCACCUUGGACCACAGGACGAACUUCUCGUGUCGGGGGAACAACACGGGAGGUGAAGGGGAACCGGCCUACGCCACAAUAGAUGUGCUGGCCCCGCCAAGUUUCAAAUACGCAAUGAAUCACUACAGCGGUGCGUUGUACAGAUCUCAGAACAUCUCGCUGUCGUGCACGGUGGAGUGCGCCCCCCUGUGCAGUGUGCAGUGGCUGAAGGAUGGUCAGGUCAUCGACCCCGACAAGACCGACAGGUACUACGUGGUUGAAAGGAAAAUAGAGCCGCAAGUGAAUAGAAACGACUUUGAAGCCACGGAGUCCACUUUGCACUGGAACAUGUCGGCGUGGCCGGGCGGCGUGCUGUCGCGCGCGGCGGACACAGCGCGCUACACGUGCCGCUCGUCGCGCAACGCGGCCGGCCCGCCCGUCAACAGCACCACCAAGUUCGCCGUCGAGUAUGAACCUGAAAACAUCACAGUGACGCCGGAAACUGUUUCCGUUAUAGAGAACAAAAUUCCCGGGAAAGUGGUGUGCUCAGCAAAAGGUUUCCCAAUGCCCAGCUACUCCUGGCGUCGGGAGCAUCCCAGCAAGAACCUAGGAAAAGAUCACACAAAUAACUCCUUGAUUCUCUCCUCGACGAAUACUCUACUCUUGGGUCCCGUGACGAAGAAGGAUGGAGGCAACUACAUCUGCGAAGCGUACAACAAGCACGGUUCCAUCAAUACGUCAGUGUUUCUGGAUGUAAUGUUUGUACCUGAAUGCGGUAUAAAGCAAUCUGUUAAGGAUGGAGAACAAGUUCUCGUGUGCACUGCACAAGCAAAUCCUGCUGAGGUGUCGUUCUUUUGGAAGCUUAAAAACGACAAUGAUAGCCUAACAGAUGAAAAGAUCUGGCAAGUCGGACUGCAGAGCUACCUACGCCUCAGCCCUGGCGUAGAAGUCUACCGGACCUACAAGUGCUAUGCCAAAAACUCCGUCGGAAUAUCUGAGGCAUGUGAGAGAGGCGUUGAAGGUAAUAAGGUGUGGUGGAGAGAUCAAUACAAGCUCCUGCUAUUCGGUGGCAUCGCCCUUGCUAUUUUAGUCAUCACCGUCAUUCUCUGCAUCAUCAUCAUUUGCAUUUGUAGACGAAUGAGGGCCAAAUCUAAGUGCCCACCUACGAAUGGCGUAGAUAAUGCGGCAAAUGGUAAUUUAGGAGCGGAGAAUCCAGGUCUCUACGAGAACCUUCCGUUCCACGGUCUGCAACAACCACCUAAUAAGCCUGUGCAAGCAAUCCAACCCAGAGUUGUUGAACCUAACCAAAAAAAUAACAAAGGGAUAGAAACAUUGCAAAAACAAUUGACAACAAAUCCAUCGUUCACUCCAAGAAUUGUAUGCCCGCCAUUUGUACAAAAUGCCAUAAAUUAUCCAGUAACAUCGUUAUCUAACACACAGUAUCAGGCUACAUAUGGAAUUCCAGUGUUAUCGCCGAUUCAACAAAUGUAUCCAUUACACCAAACGGUGUUGUUAAAUCCGUAUCUGCCGCCAAUGCAACCAUCGUUUCUAAAACAAUUUCCAACUAUUGAUGAAGAGGUAGAACCCGACACAAGAAAGUUUAGCUCGCUAAAUACUCGAAACAAUAAAAAACCUCCUCGAUUUCAAUCGAUGAGAAUUAUCAGAAAAAGGAAUAUAGAAAGAUUCUAUCCAAACACCGAAUAUGGAGACAACUUCAAUGAAAUUAACAACAACAAAAAGAAUACAGACAAUUCAGAUAACGACAGAGAUGUAUUAACAAAUGAAGAUACAAUUUACGCAAAUUAUCCAUCUUUACUUAAAACAAAAUCCAAUAUAAGUGGCGUAGAGCAGUUUGAGAAUUUAACUGAUUCCAUUGAGGUUUACGAAGAGCCCAAUUACCAUAUGAACCUAUCAACAAAUUCUCUCAAUAAACCGAUACCAGCUCCGCGAAAAAAAAUAUCGCCAUUCAAUUCACCACUUAAGUCCGAUCACGUCUAUGUUAACCUAUCUAUGCCUCUUAUUAACACUUCAAACCUAAAAUCAGUUGACAUUGUUGAUGCUCCUGUACGAUCAGCAAAGUCUGUCGAGAACGUGUCGAAAAUUGAAAAAUUUCCAAUUCGUAACGCCAGGAGCAAUUUAAGCAUAGUUAAAAAUAUAACACCAGAAAACGAUGAAACUAAGAAUCGUAAUGAAAAUAUUAACAACCAAAGCAUAAGCACAGAUAUCAAGAAGCCAAAUAUUGUGGCUACAACACCAAAAAGAAGUACAGUGACCACUUCUAUUAUAUUACCUUCCAGUUCCUUAGUGAAAUCAGUAGUAAGCCAAUUGAACGAUCAAGCUAGGGUCAACAAAGUAGGUUUACCAAUAAAGCAAGUUAUAGCGCCAAAUAAAACCUUACAAAUACCAAAAUUGGCUGAAAAGCCUAUACCAAAAAAAACAUUAGUUAAACGUAGUAAUUCAGUUCAAAGUAACUUAACCAUAAACAGUGAUAUUGCUCAGAAUACUAACUUACUUCAACAGCAAUACAUUCAAAAAAGAAAUCAUUUUACUAAUUUAAGCUCUAAAGGAAAGAAUAAGAAAAAUUUUCAAAUACCUCUACAAAAGCAUCAUAGCUUCUGUUAUUUUCAACCGAUUAGAGUCGACAAACGGAUCCCCGUUGACCAAGAAAGGUCAUAUAAUAAUACAAUAGGUCCUGUUAUAUACCAAACGGGGGAUGUUCAAUAUUAUACAAAAACAUUGAACAGAACAAGAGAGAAGAACAGUCAAAAAUUAAAUCGCUUGAAAAAAUCUGAAAGUCUACGAGAAAAAUUAUCCUGUGUUGGAAUCUACGAUAACUACGAAAAACCAAAUUACCCAGAUCCAGAAUAUAACGACUCUGAGAGGAAGUCAUAUUUGCAGCUCUUAAAAGGGAACUACAUAUCAAGUUCUUCAAGAAAUAUUAACCCAGAGUACAACUGUAGCUCAAAUUUCAACACGGUGGGUCCCAAAGAUGAAAGACCCAAACAAAAAAAAUUAGUUUACGCUGACUUAGCUCUAGGUAAUCAUAAUUUAAAAUUUAAAAACACAGUCAAUUCAAAUAAACACUUAUAUGAUACCUACUCUAUAGGAAAUGCUGAUACUAACAAGGAAACUAACAGUAGUUAUAAGAAUAAUGUAUUAAGCAGUCAGAGGAAAGGCAGCCACCAACAUAGGAGUGACUACGCCACUCUUAAAUUUAACGAGAUCGACGUCUGA